GCGGGAAACUGCUCUGCUGAGUGCUGAACGAGCUGCUCCUGUGCUCCUGGCCGCCGAACACGGCUCACCUGAGAGGUGUGCGGCGCCAUCUGUUGUUCCGGCGAAGGUGAGCUGUAUUCAGCCCGACGGAGGUUUGUUUCGCCCUCGGUGUGAACAGCGCGUUUGUCGGCGAUUCACGCUAAACUAGGACUUCUGGAUAAAAACAUUAGAGGAAGAAACUGGCAGGACCGGUGUCUGAUAAAGGCAGGGUCACUGGAUAUAGCGUUAGCGUCGCGUUUAACGUUAACAGCAGACUCGGGAGUUCAGCGGGAAUAAUGGCAUCGAUAACCUCCAUCGAAGCCGUGAAGAGGAAGAUCCAGAGCCUGCAGCAGCAGGCGGACGAUGCGGAGGAGCGAGCCGCAGCGCUGCAGAGGGAGGUGGACCUGGAGCGGCAGGCCCGGGAGACAGCCGAGGCUGAGGUGGCGUCCCUGAACAGACGCAUCCAGCUGGUAGAGGAGGAGUUGGAUCGUGCCCAGGAGAGACUCGCCACUGCGCUACAGAAGCUCGAGGAGGCCGAGAAAGCUGCGGAUGAGAGCGAGAGAGGAAUGAAGGUGAUAGAGAACAGAGCAUCAAAAGAUGAGGAGAAGAUGGAGAUCCAGGAGAUGCAGCUGAAGGAGGCCAAACACAUCGCUGAGGAGGCUGACCGCAAAUAUGAGGAGGUGGCACGUAAACUGGUGAUUCUUGAGGGUGAGCUUGAGCGCUCUGAGGAACGAGCUGAAGUGGCUGAGGCUCGAGUCAGGCAGCUGGAGGAGGAACUUAGACUCAUGGACCAGAAUAUGAAAUCCAUGAUGGCCGGAGAGGAAGAGUACUCCACGAAGGAAGACAAAUAUGAAGAAGAAAUCAGAGUACUCACUGACAAACUCAAAGAGGCUGAAACGCGUGCUGAGUUUGCGGAGAGGUCUGUGGCGAAGCUUGAGAAGACCAUUGAUGAUUUAGAAGAUGAGGUGUACGCUCAGAAACUGAAGGGUAAAGCCCUCAGCGAGGAGCUGGAUCUGGCUCUGAACGACAUGACUACCCUCUAAGCCCUCUCUCCGUCUCCUCCUCAUCCUUUUCCUCUCCUCUUCCAUUUGCAUUGUCCAUUUGUCUAAUGGUUUUCUGUCUGUUUUUCUCCAUGUGACUGUGAAUCGGACAUCAGGCAUUAUUUGUUCAGUCUGAUUUGACGGAGCUCCGGCUGCAGCUCAAGUUUUGUGUCCUGUCUUUCUCUCCUGUGUUUGUGAUCUGUAAUGGAACGGUCAGCAUUGUGUGUUGUUCUCAUGACUGUCCAUUCUGAGGUCCGAGUAACUUUCAUAAUGUUGACACUUCCACUGCAGCAUCUGUGUCAUACGUGCUCGCCGCUGCUUUACUUGAUCCUGUGGCUGUAAUAAAUGUAAGAAAUGUCUUCCCUCUGUUUCUAUAUUUAUUUAUUUUGUGUUAUCACAAAUUAACUUAAAUUCCAUUUUAUGUGUGAAAGUGAAUAAUUGAGGUUGUGACAACCAGAUAUGCAGUGAAUCAGUCCGAAUUCAGUCGUUGUGCACACAAGAACAGACCCUGCGAACAUUGCUACUACACUUGUUUCAGGGAGGUAGCAUCAUAGCAUGUAUUCAAAGAGAUAUAUAGAGAUCAUAUAUAUAUCAUACAGAGAGAGAGAUCAUGU